AUGGCUCCGAAAAACCCCUUUCGGUUCGGCAGCGAUCUCUGGGAUCCGUCGAAUCGCUUCGAAACGAGCUGGCUGUUGAAUCCCUGGCUGCUCUUCGCCGCUCGCGCGCUCAUCAGCGUCUACGCUUUCGUUACGCGAUUCUUCAUCAUCGGCUGGACAUGCUCCCACGACGAUCUUGGCGGCUGUAGGGACGUUGGCAGGUCGUUUAGCUACUUCACCAUCCUGACGUACUGGGGCAUCGCUUUCUACUUUGCUGUCGCGGCGCUGCAUACCGUCACCUAUGCGAUCCGAGGACGAUCACUGCUCGAUAGUUUCCCGCGACCGUUAAAGGCGCUCCAUGCGCUCUUCUACUCGACUGUUACCACGUACCCGUUCCUCGUCACGAUCGUAUACUGGGUUGUUUUGUACAAGGGCCCUUGGUUCCCUGUCGAGUUCAACGCCUGGAGCAAUAUCAGUCAGCACGGGUUGAACAGUCUGUUCGCCCUCUUCGAAAUCAUUGUUCCUCGAACGAACCCCCCGCAGUGGGUGCAUAUUGCGUGGUUGAUCUUCAUUCUCGCGCUCUACCUCGCUCUCGCCUAUCUCACGCAUGCGACGCAAGGGUUCUAUGUUUAUAACUUCCUCGACUACGAGGAUGUUGGCGGACGAGGCAUUGUUGCAGGAUACAUCAUCGGCAUAGCGGUCGGGAUCGUCAUCAUUUUCUGCAUCGUCUGGUGCAUCAUCUGGGCCCGCCGUUGGUUGACGGAGACCAAGCUCGGUAUGGAUGGCAAGUUUGCUAGCCAGCCUGCCGACAAUAAUGAUGUUGAGCUAGCUGGUAACAAGCACUCUAUUGGAAAUAAUCCAGAGGCCCAGGACAGAGUUUACUAA